UGGUAUUCAACACAGACCUGCGCCCCAUGCUGCCACUUGUGACAUCUGCAUGCACCAUCAUUAGCACAAGUGCCAAUACUGUUGCAUCAACAUUUGCUCAAAACUAUAUGAUGCAGCAGAUGAAGAAUGCUAGAAUCACACUAGUAGAGGUCAAGACCAAGGGCCACCUACCACAUCUUACCGCCGGAAAGAUGGUUGCGAAGCACAUCUCAGAUGUCAUUCAUGAGUGGAUAGCAAGAACUGAGCCAUUAACUUCCAUACCUCCUAGCCUAUUGCCUUCGUAUGAUAGGCUGCGUGAAGAGAUUAGGGUACUUAAAGAAGAAAACAUGUUGCUGAAGAGAGAGAACGAAGCUCUGAAGAAGCCAGCGAUUGAUGAGACCACCAAACUGGCAACGGUGUCCCGGCCAGGUGGUGGAAGCCAUGAAUCAUCACCAGGCAGCGGAGGUUCUUGACCAAAUAAGCGCAUUGGAACUUGAUGGUUCUUCCUCCUAGUAUGAUUUGUGUCCUGUUUGCGCAUGUGUGUGUGCUCUGGCUGUGUGCGCGUGGGCGUGGUCUGGCUGUUAGCGCCUUGGUGUGCUUGUUGUGCAUGUUUCUGCUCUUUUUCUUUGAAUUAUGUACUUUUCUAUCUCGAGAGCUAUGGAUCUAAAUCAUCA